AUGAUUCCAAAACUAAGUCGAGAGAAUACAAUUAGUAAUACCAGUUAUCUUCCCAGACAUUUGAAUAUAUAAGGGUUCUAAAAAUUCAACAUAAAGUCUAAUUCUCCAAGAACAUUGUAAGCUUGUUAAGAAUUGGGAAUUGAUCCAAUAGUUUUAGAAUUAAAGUAAGUUAGUUGAUGUAUACAAGAGAAGAAUCUGAUUUCAAAUAAAAUGAUUUAGAUGAGGAAAUAAUUCAACUCAGAUAUUAACAUUAUUUAAACAGAGCUCAUUGUAUAUAAGAUGAAUAAUAUUUAUUAUAGAACUGUUCACUGAAAUAACUUAAAGAAGAAAAGAAAUAAUAUAAAGAUAAAGACAAAAAUAAUUAAAUAAUAAUGCCUCAAUAGAAUCAUUAGAUAGAUCAAAAACAAUUAAGUUAUAAUAAUCAUUAGAUUAAUGGGAGUAAUAAUAUUUAAUUAAUAUAAAAAUUAGGGUUAGACGAUAAAUAGAUUCAAUCUAUAAUAGAACUGUAUCCUUUUUACAUUAAAAGAGUGAAUCUCCAACUAAAGAUCAAUUUGUAGGAGAUGUUUAUGAUCUCAAUUAAUUAGAAGGUGGAAUAGAAAAAGAGAUUGAUAGAUAUAAUAAACAUAAAAAAUAAAAGAUUGUAAUUAAAAAUAUUAAUAUUUAUAUAUAGAGAGAAGCACAAUUAAAAUUGAAAGAAGAUGCAAAAAGAUUAUAAUUGAUAGAGAAAUGGAAAUAAAAGGAUUCAUAAAUUUUAGAUUAGAUAUUGAAAAGAUAAUAUGCAUUUAAAUAAAAGAUGAAAGCAUCAAGUAGUGGAAGAAAAACUCCUUUACAAAAGAUUCCAUAAAUUACAGAUCCUAAAUCAUUUAAAAGAGAUAGUGAAACUAAAAUAGAUAAGUAAAAUAUCAUAAUUAAAUUAAGAGGAGAUACAUCAUUGUAAAAAACAAUGUAUAGAACUAGAAUUGAUGAUUCUAAAGUAAAAUAAAGAAGAGAGAUGGUCAUUUAAAGAAAGGAGGAACUCAAUAAAUUAGAAGAUAUUGAAUUAUAAAAGGAUCUUGAAAAAUUAUAAAUGAAAUUGAAUCAAAGCGAAAAAUUAUCUAAAUAAUAAGCAUAAAUUAAAGUUGAAAGAAUCAAAGAAUAAUAUUAUCGAGAAUAAUAAUUAAUUUAAUAAUAAAAAGAAAUUAAUGUUAUUUAAUCUCAAGAACAUUUAAGUGCUAUGAUUAGUAAAAUGAUUAAUAAAGAAUAAGAAUUUAGAGGAUAACUUUAAUCUUAAUUAAUGUAAGAUUUAGAAAAAAAAUAAUCUUAAAAAGAAAAAUAAAAGAAAAUUAAAUAAAAUCAAAAUGAUCUAUUUAAAGAUCAUGAGUAAUUAAAUAUUAUUAUUAUAAUAGCAAAAAAUUAAAAUAAUUAAAUGAUAAAUUUAUUAAAAUAGAAGAAUAAAAUAAACUUAGAAGAUAAGAAUUAGAACAUAAAAUAUUAUUAAAAUAAGAAUUAAGAAGAUUAAAAGAAUAAGAUAAAUUAGAUAAUUAUGAGAGAUAAAAAAGAUAAAAUGAUUAUAAAAUGAUGACUUUAUAUAUGAAAUCUAAAUUUAUUGAAGAAAAAAAUUAACUUAAAUAAUAUCAAAAUGUAUUGAUUUAAAUUAAAUACAGGAAGUUAUUUAAAAAACAUCUAUGGAAAUAAAUAAAUAGGAAAUAUAAGAACGAUAAAGAAUUUAUUCAUAACUUCAAGAAUUGAGUGAUAAUUUAUUGAACUAUAAAGUAAAUAUUCUAUUCAUAUUUAGAGUGUUUCAUAACAUGAAUCAAGAUAAAAAUAAGACUAAGCAAAAUUUAAAAGUGUUAAGUAAUCAUCUUAUCUAAUUUAUAGAUUGCUUAAGAAAUUUGCUAAAUUAGAAGAUCCUAACAUUGAGCAACAUACAAAAUUACUAUUGACAAUGCUUCAACCUAAACCUGUUGAAAAUGAAAAUUCUAAUAGAAAAUUAAGUGUUCACAAAAAAUGA